CCGCGAGUUAAACCGUCUUGAUAACGUCGCACAAUAUUGUAAUUGAAAGUACGAAAUUCAAGUAUUCGACGAGUCCAAAUUUCCGAGCGGGCUUCUAAGUUUCAUCGUCGAGAGACUUUUCCCAACGGAACGCUGGUGAGGAUCUCGUGCGAAUGGUGUGAAAAAGUACUCGACGAUGUUGUCGUUGAAAAUUUGUCGACAAUUGUCCAGGAGCCUGAUGGCGGUCGGCCGAUGUUCAAUAUUGCAAUCGCGUCUGCCGUCGUGUGGGCUCACCGUGAUUCGACGGAGUUAUGGUGACCACAGCGGCACCGUUGGCGGUGGUCGCGAUGGAGGCAAAGGCAACGACGACGAAGACGACGGGUUCAUCAAGCCCAGAAACUACAAGGUGUUCAAAGACGAUGACUCGUCAGUGAUUUUGGAUGUGGAAGAAGAACGCGCGCUUCUCGAUUCGCAGUUGUCCGCCGACGAUAUCCGUUCAGAUUUUGAAGAAAUCGAUCAGUUCGCUGGUUUCAAUUUAUCACGUGGCGUAUCCGGAGUGUUCGAAGUGGAGCAUUUAGUCGAAGUUCUCCAUAAGAACAACGCCUCGGAUAUGUUCGUCGUGACUGUCCCUGCCAAUGUGAGAUACGUUGACUACAUUGUAAUCGCGACGGGCAAAUCACAAAAACAUUUAAAGUCGAUUGCCGAUUUCGUUCACAAACUUUUUAAGAAAAAGCGCAGACCAUCGGACAGCAUACCUAGAUUAGUGAAUAAAAAACCUAUCGACUGGAUUGCGUUGGACAUAGGUAAUAUAGCUGUACAUUUGUUAACGAAAGACGCUCGGAAGAAUUUUGACCUGGAGACAAUUUGGAGCGUUGGAGAAAAGUUCGACUCCCACCUGAAUAGGCCAGUGGAUUCAUUGGUCACUUUAUUGAAUGAACAUUCGUUUAGUUUAGAUAAUUUAGAACCAGUUGAUUUCGAACAUGUAAAACCCCACUAAUUCGUUGUAUGAAUUUACUCAGUCAACUGUAAAUAUCCUUUUGAAUAUUUUAUUUUAUUGUAUGUAAUUUAAAACCGAAAUUAUUGUUUUUAUUGUGAAAAUUAAAAACGAAAAAUUUGA